AGGUCGGACCGUUUAAGAAGACACUCGACAAUACGAUCAUUUCUACAUGACCACUAAUUGAUGUUGGCUCCAACCGAAUCGAUUUCCAACGCUAGUAAGGAUGCAGCAUACACAUAUUUGAUGGGUUGGUGAUGGACAAGGGCAGCGGGACGUUAGGAAGACGUAGUUUAAAAGGGGCCUUAGGGAAUACUGGAAUGCGAAGGCAGCGUAGUUUAGAAUGGAGAAACGAAAGAGGUUAUAGCUCCAGCGAAGAAGAAAUACCACCACGUCCCACAGUAGAUAGUCAUGUAUUUGCUUCUUUGCUUGCGCAAGCACAACAGGAAUAUUCAAGUGUCGAUCGGUCUUAUCGUUCGGAUGAUACGGAGGAUGCAAUGACAACGGAUAAUCCAACCACCCCCUUUCCCACACCUCCACCUACAUUAGUGUCGCCUAGGUCACCACUUCCCCAUCAUAGACAAGCAUCACCGUUUCCCUUAGAAAAUACGAACACGCGACGAAUGCACUAUGCAACCCCUCAAGACCGCUUGCGUGGGAAUAAUGGUGAAGUUAUAUAUUCGAGUAACAAAAAGGGUAUUGCAAAUACGAUAAACCGAAGUGGUAGAGGCCGGCACGGUAGAACGGGCGGUAUGACAUCUUCUAGUAGCGCAACUUCAUGUAACAGCUGCACAGAAGGGGUUCGUAACGACGUCGCGUACCACGGAGAUACUCAGCAGCGCCUCUGUUUAACUAACGGUGGUGGUGAAGAAUCGCCUCCGGAACCCGCCCCACCCGAAGUGCCUCCCCGAGGACCAUCUUUGCAUUCCGCAACGCUUAGAAGAAGAGCUGAAUAUUCACUUCCGGUAGGCGAAUCCGGUCCCGCUAGUCAGGAAUCGCAAUUCCUUUCGCAGGGCGAAUACGUGCUCAGCGGCAGUCCAAGAGCUUCAGGGUAUCCAGCCAGGUCUCCCAUGGCAGCUAACGCAAACUCCCAACAUAGACUUGCCGCUGGGCUUCAGCAAACCCAGUUAUCCCAACAGAUUCCGGCCAGUGGCAACUCGUUACAGGGAGGAUCACAUUGUCAGCAGCAGUCUCCGCUGGUGAUGCCCGUAUUUCCACUACGGCCGGCACCCACGUCGCAUCCACCUCACUAUUCACCGUACUCCCCGUCCAGGUUUCAUAUAGAUAAAAGAUGUCAGAAUCGAUGUACGUGGAAAUGCUUCAGUAUUGUUCUUAUUUUAAUCGCCGUUGUCCUUACUGCCAUGUUAGCCUAUUUUGCAGCCGUUAGUUCCAUGAAACCAAAUAUGGAUCCAUCAAAUUGCAUAUUAGUUCAAGACGUGAAAGAUGUGACACACGACCAAAUGACACAAAAUUCUGUUUCGACGCAACUGCCGACGGAAGAAUCGUUACCCACGAGUACGUCGGAGCAUUCGAGCGUAACAACACAGCAUAUUUCCUUACAACAAGCGCAACAACAGAGUCAACCCCAACCUCAGUGGCCACCUUUACUCGAAGUAAGAGAGCUGAACACAUUUCACACGGCUACAAUUCCACCUUAUCAAUUUUGGAACUCCGAAUUCAGGAAUAAGCAGCCGGCGUUUAUCCGAUUUAAUUUUACUUUACCUUGGGGGGCUAAUUUCGCCGUUUAUGGGCGAAGGAACGUUGCACCUAGCGUAACUCAAUAUGAUUUCGUCGAGUUUGUUAAGGGCGGCAGGGUUGAUCAUAGACUUCGGAAGAGAGACACCCGUGAGGCUGUCGUUGAGCGUUAUCUCAAGCACGAUUUAAAAUUUACACCGAAAUAUCAUAAAACUGACGUCCUCGAUAGCAUUUCUAAUACGUACGAAGGCACUAGAAAAAUUCUGGCUGAUUCAGAGCCUAAGGGGCCUUUCUACGUGCCUCAUACUAUAAAAAUUGAUUACGCCAAGGAGUUAUCUACGGACCUUCCACAUCCCACCGUCGAUUUAGGUCUUGAGCUUGAUGAGCAUGUUAUUUCUAAACGAGAAACUGAGCUUGAAUCGAUGCUAGUAAACGUAAGCCUUCUACAAUACUUGGACACGGGCCGCUGGUUUCUCUCUGUUUAUAACGAUGAACUACAGCCGCACAGCGUAUCCCUUAUCAUUUCCGAGGCCGAGGGCGUCAGCACAACUUGUCCUAACGACUGUUCUGGGCGAGGAUCCUGCUACCUGGGAAAGUGCGAUUGCAUAGACGGCUUUCAGGGGAUCGACUGUUCGAAAAGUGUGUGCCCUGUACUUUGUUCGGCACACGGUCAGUACGGUGGCGGACUGUGUCACUGCGAAGAAGGUUGGAAAGGGCCGGAAUGUGAUAUACCCGAAUCUGACUGUAGAAUUGCUGAUUGCUCGGGACAUGGACAGUGUAUUAGAGGUACAUGUCAGUGUAAGUCCGGUUGGAAGGGCGAGGCGUGCGACGAACGUGACUGUCAAGAUCCGACAUGUUCCAAUCACGGUGCCUGCGUUCACGGACAAUGCUACUGUAAAGCUGGAUGGAAAGGGGAUAAAUGUAACUUAAUAGACGAACAAGUGCACAAAUGUCUUCCUAGUUGUUCCGAUCAUGGUGUUUACGACUUGGAAACCGCAAAAUGUAUUUGUAACAGGCACUGGACAGGACCUGAUUGUUCUCAAGCUCUCUGCAGUUUGGAUUGUGGUCUCCACGGUAUUUGCGACGCCGGAAAAUGUCGUUGCGACAUUGGCUGGACGGGAGCCCGCUGCGAUCAGCUUCCUUGUGAUACUCGCUGCCAAGAGCAUGGACAAUGCCGAAACGGCACGUGUGUCUGUUCGCAGGGAUGGAAUGGCCGUCACUGCACACUACCGGGCUGCGAAAAUGGAUGUUCCCGACAUGGACAGUGUACAAUGGAGGAAGGAUCUUAUCUUUGCGUUUGCAUCGACGGCUGGGCAGGAUCCGACUGUAGUAUUCCAUUAGAAAUGACUUGCAAUGAUGACACCGAUAACGACCACGAUGGUAUGAUCGAUUGCUCCGACAGCGAGUGUUGCACACAUGCAAGUUGCACGGACCACAUAAUGUGUUUAUCUAGUAACGAUCCGGUAGAAGUGCUCUUACGGAAGCAACCUCCUUCAGUAACCGCCUCUUUUUAUCAAAGGGUGAAAUUUUUAAUAGAGGAAAAUUCGGUUCAAUCCUACGCGCAUAUGGACGAAUACACCGAGAGCGAGUUCUGGAAUUCCUUUACACCGCGUCGUGUUGCUGUCAUGAGAGGACAAGUCAUUACGCCUCAAGGGUUAGGAAUUGUAGGCAUACGAGUUUCUGUUGACAGAGAAUCGCGAUUUGGAUUUACCCUAACUAGGCCAGGUGGAUGGUUUGAUGUUCUCGUGAAUGGGGGAGGGGCAGUCACAUUACAAUUUCAAAGAUCUCCCUUUCGACCAUUAACCAGAACGGUUUUUGUACCAUGGAAUCAAAUUGUUGUUCUCGCACCUGUUCGCAUGGAACUGAGCGAAGACUCGCAUCCCGAUAACGUGCACUCAAGUUUCCUCACCAGAAACCCAGCUAUUAAUUUCCCAGGAGUUUCUCGGUCAUUUUUCGAUAUGAACGGAGGAUUUCCCGAAUCAUGUGAUGAUCACGAUUCUGAGUUGCUCAAGCCCGUUAUAACGGGAACUUGGAUGCCUGAUGCGGUCGGUGGGCUGCCUGGGCGAAGCGUUAUCUUCGCCGAAACGCAAAUUGUGCAAGAAUCAAUUCCGAUACCCGGUUCAGAAUUGCAUUUGAUGUACAGAAGCUCGCAAGCUGCCGGUUAUUACAGCACAGUGCAUAUGAGAUUAACGGGGGCGACCAUACCAAAAACGUUAACGCACGUACACGUGAGAGUGGAAGUCGAAGGAUCCUUGCACGUGAAAACGUACGAAGCCGAUCCCAAUCUUACCCAUACGUUUCCGUGGAAUAAAAGAAACGUGUACAAGCAGAAAGUUUAUGGUAUUGCGCAGGCUAAAAUAUCUAUAGGGUAUGAGCACUCCACGUGCCUAGAGCCCGUAUGGGAGACUCAAACGGCAACUUUGCAAGGUUUUGAUGUCGAUAUAUCGGACAUCGGAGGCUGGGGGUUAGAUAUUCACCACCAUUACAAUUUUCACGAAGGAAUUCUACAAAAAGGUGACGGUUCCACGCUUCAUCUUAAAGAAUACCCCCGCAUGGUCCAGGUCAUCAUGGGGACCGGUCUGCAAAGAUCGCUAGAUUGUCCCGAUCAAUGUGGCGGCCCGGCGAAAGACGCCAAACUACUUACACCGGUAGCCUUGGCCAGUGGUCCAGACGGUAGUAUAUACGUUGGCGAUUUUAAUUUAGUAAGAAGGAUAACGCCUGAAGGUAAUGUUUACACCGUCCUACAAUUAAGGGCAACGCAGGUGGCGUACCAAUAUUAUUUGGCUGUGUCUCCAGCCGAUGGGCAUUUGUACAUCUCGGACCCAGAAAAACAUCAAAUUCUUAAGGUAAUAACAUUAGAGCCGAUCGAAGAUCCGAGCAUCAAUAUUGAACCGGUUGUUGGCAAUGGGGAGAGGUGUAUACCAGGUGACGAUAGCCAGUGUGGUGACGAAGGGCCUGCGAAGCAUUCCCGGUUAGCUCAUCCAAAAGGUAUAGCCAUUGCAGCGGAUAAGACGAUGUAUAUCGCAGACGGUACGAAUAUCCGAGCUGUAGAUCCUAGAGGAAUGAUACAUACACUGGUGGGUAAUCACGGUCACCAAAAUCAAUGGAUCCCAACUCCAUGUUCCGGAUCAAUCCCUGCAUCUCAAACACAAUUGCAAUGGCCCACCGGUCUCUCACUGAGCCCAUUAGACGGUUCGCUUCAUUUCAUUGAUGAUCGUCUUGUUCUGAAGUUAACAGCAGAUAUGAAAAUUAAAGUUGUCGCUGGAACGCCUCUCCAUUGUCACACGAAGGACGACAACUCUACGCAUUUAUCGAACGAGAAUAUUUUGGGGACGGUGCUUUCACUCGCGUUUUCACCAACUGGAGACCUGUACAUUGCCGAAAGCGAUAAUCGGCGAUUAAAUUUCGUACGUGUUGUCGACACGGCUGGCCGAGUUACUCACUUUGCCGGAAAAACUCAGGACAAAUUGAAAAGCAACUGCGAGUGUAACGCCAGUAUUACAACGGCGAACCCUAGAAUUACCCACGACUUGCCCACGGCUUGCAUUUGUGGAUCCACUGAAGAAACAACAAGCAACGCGGAAACACUUCUCUCCUCCAACGCGCGUUUCCAAGCAAUUUCCGCACUAACGGUUUCUCCAAAUGGCGUUUUACACAUCGCCGAUCAAGGCUCUUUGCACAUUUUAGCUUUGCAACACUAUCUACCCUCUCACGACGAAAAUGGCGAAUUUCACAUACCCUACCCUCCAGCUGGCGAGGUCUACGUCUUCAAUCGCUACGGCCAGCACGUCGCGACCAGAGAUUUAGCAUCCGCCAAGACUCGCUAUUCAUUCCUCUACUCCAAGAAUACAAGCUUCGGCAAGCUAUCAACUAUUACUGACAGCUCCGGUAACAAAAUUCAAUUUCUGAGAGAUUACAGUAACGCAGUUAGCUCAAUUGAAAAUACACAAGACCAUAAAUCUGAACUGAAAAUCUCAGGAGUUGGAUAUCUGGUGAAACUGUCUGAGAAAGGGCGUUCGGAGAUUGAAUUAGAUUACGAUAUGAACACGGGACUGCUGACCAGCCGGUCUGGAGGAGGUGAAACAUUUAUGUAUCAAUACGACUGGUUAGGCAGAACAGUUGGUGUCAUUUUGCCGAGUGGAGAAACUCUCCAAUUGAAAUCUGGGUUAACGGUAGGGGAAAGUUUUGAAGUCGACAUCAGUACACCACCCACCAAGUUUCUUAUUACCGGAAAGGCUUCCAAGAAAAUUGCUUUGAUUGACCAGUUGGAAACGACAGAAGCGAUCACUUUUAUUAAUUCGAGUGUAAUGAUCAAUUCCGCAUGGGGUGGCCAGUUGCAAGUUGCGGCGUUGGCGAGGCAUCCACUUUUAGAAGCGGCGCUUCCGGUUGAAGCGGAAAUGUUGCCAAUUUGGUCACAGCAGACGAGCACUUUCGGCGAUGGUUUGCAAAAUUUUAUGUACACCAAGUUUUCGUUAGUGGGCGACGUUAGGAAUCCGCAGCAAACUUUAAAUCGCGAGAUAUUCGUAAAUCAUUCCAAGGCUCUCGGUAUUGAGUUCAAUCAAUUUACUAGCAAGGAAAUUUUUUAUGAUCACGAUCAACAAACACUACUAGCUGUCACUUACGAUCCCGCCGGUCUCCCACAAUCGUACGUUCCCACCAAAGGAGCGGUAAUGGUCAAUAUUUCUUACGAUGGGUUUAACCGAAUUGAUGGGUGGAAGUGGGGGGUUUCUGAGCUAAAGUACAGUUACGAUCGCCAUGGUCUCCUGUCGGAAAUAACAAGCUCGCAGGAUGGUACCCAAAUGUUCAACUACAAUGACUGGAACAUGCUUUCUAAAAUAACGCUUGCCAGCCAACGUAGCUUUCUGUUAAGCUAUGACGAUGAUGGUGGUUUGAGGCACGUCACUCUUCCAAGCGGUACCAAACAUUCAUUCAGCCUUCAAUCUUCCCUUGGGUUUUUACGCGCCACCUACACUCCCCCUGGAAGCAACAGAGCGUUCCUGCAGCACUUCUCGCACACUGGCUUACUGCUCCAAACCGUUUAUCCAGGUGAUGGCGCUCGAGUCGUCUAUCGAUACACACCAAAUGGUCGUAUUAGCGAGACAGUGCAUGGUGAUGGAAAAACGCUCUACCAUUAUUCUGCUGAAUCCGGACUUCCAAGUCAAGUUUUACACACGGAACCCGAUGUGGAGUACCGAUGGGAUUAUCAGUAUGUGGGCGGUCUUCUAAUGGAAGAACGAAUCGACUUUAGUGCCAAAUCGGGCCUUAGCAAUGCGAAGUUUAUGUACGACUAUGAUAAUAACUACAGAUUGACGAACGUCCAGGGAAGGAUCGGUGGACAAAACUUGCCCCAAUAUAAUAUCGCAUACAAUUAUAAAACUGGAUCUCUGGAAACGAUCGGGCCAUUUAAAAUUAAUAAACCGCGAUUUAAUGAAACGAAUGUCCACGAUGGAACCGCCUUGUUUUCGCGAACCACCGAUCCCCAGUUUUUGGAGACGCAGGUUGCGUUGACUAUUCAUGGCAUGGAAGUGUUUCGAAUGGAGUUUAGUCAUGAUAUGCAUGGACGAAUUGCUCAAACACGAACUUAUACCAGAAAUGUGGGAGUCAAUAAGUACACUAACAUAAAGAAUUACACUUGGGACUGCGAUGGCCAGCUAUCGGGCGUGGAAGCACAAGAACCUUGGGGGUUUCGAUAUGAUGACAACGGAAAUAUGCUUGCCUUAACAUACAGAGGUAAUACGAUACCAAUGGAAUACAAUAACAUGGACAGAAUUAUAAAAUUCGGAGAAGGGCAAUACAAAUACGACAACAGAGGGUCGGUAGUUCAGAACGCCCGAGAGGAAAAAUUUCACUACAACGCCAAAGGUUUACUAGUGCGAGCCACUAAAAGAGGAAGAUUCGACGUUCGCUACUUUUACGAUCAUAUGGACCGGCUCAUCACCCGAAAAGACAACUAUGGCAAUGUGACCCAAUUUUUCUACAACAAUCAGCAACAUCCACGGGAAGUUAGUCAAAUUUACUCUCCUAGAGAUGGGAAAUUAAUGUCGCUGGUUUAUGAUGAUAGAGGGCAUUUAAUUUAUGCGCAGGUUUACCGUCACAAGUAUUACAUCGCUACCGAUCAAUGCGGAACACCCAUCAUGAUUUUCAAUCAAUAUGGCGAGGGAAUCAGAGAAAUAAUGAGGUCGCCCUAUGGACACAUUGUUUACGAUUCAAAUCCGUACUUAUAUUUACCAGUUGAUUUUUGCGGUGGCCUUUUAGAUCAGGUAACAUCGCUAGUGCAUAUGACAAAUGGUAAGAUAUACGACCCGUUGAUCGGACAGUGGAUGUCGCCACUCUGGGAAAACGUCUUGGAACGAGUGGCCAUGCCCACUCAUUUACAUUUAUAUCGACUAAAUGGGAACGAUCCAAUUAACACGAGGCAGACGCGCGAUCCUCCACUGGACCAUCUGAGUUGGCUUAGGUAUAUGGGGUACGAUCUGAAAAAUCUAGCACCGCAGCUGUAUCCUGAGAGUUUUCCCGGUGGGUCAAUGCCACCGAUCCUUACAAAACCUCCAACUUUCUGGAGUCCGUCCCGAGACGCUUUAAGAACUCAGCUUAGUUUACCAAGCGCCUCGGUAAAUGUUCAGUCAGGUUUCCUGGCUCGCUUAAAUAGCCGUAAAAUGACGGAAGCGAGACGACUGUCGGCACCUCCAAGAUCGGCGUUAAAAACUGACGUAAUGGACUUAAUUCCGAAAAAGAUCGGGGUGGCCUCGGAUCCUCCUUUCGGAAAAGGUAUUCUUGUGUCGAGGUCGCACGAAGGUCGCGCGAUUGUUUCCAGUGUUCCAGCGGCCAAUGCGAUUUAUCGAGAUGUCUACACGUCAGUCUUUAACCGAUCUUUUCUUCUACCCUUUUCGUUUGUUGUACACAAUGCUCAGCAGGACGCGUUUUACUUCGUAAAAGAAGAAACGUGGAAAAUCAACGACGACAAGGGGCAACUGAAGAGGCUACAAGGACAGGUAAACGCCACCUUUCACGAAAUAACGAAAGAGAACGGAAGCGGUAACAAUUAUUUCGACGUAAAAAUCCAUGGAAUGAAUGCGGUAGUCAAUUUGAGGUACGGUACGAACUUAGAAAAAGAAAGGCAGCGCCUACUGCAUCACGCGAAAUUGUCGGCGAUUCGAAAAGCUUGGCAUAAAGAGAAAGAGAUGAUAAAAAGUGGAUUCUUUGGUAGCAUAGAUUGGUCCGCGAACGAAAUUGAAGAGAUAAUGAAGCUGGGGUAUGCCUCAAUUUAUGAUGGUGAGUACAUACACGACGUGCAGCAGUACCCGGAGCUCGCGGAGGAUCCCUAUAAUAUAAGGUUUGUGAAAAAACUUAACGACUCUUCAAAAAAACGAAGAAAGAAACGAGAAGCCAAAGUGUGCCAGCAUCAUUGGUGGCUAACAUGGAGUAAAUACGUCUGCUAGUGUAUUAAACUUUUUAACAGACUAACAGAAGAAACUAUUUUCAAUUAACUAAGUGUGAUGUACCAAGAAUAAGCUUAUUUAAUCUAUGAGACAUUUUAUACAAAAUACCAAAGUCUAUUUGUGUAUUCAGAGAUGCCAAAAUGUAUAUUAUUUAUUUAACGAUAUGUUACCUAUAUGUAUGUGAUUUUUAUCUGGUGCUGAUGUUUAGCAAGUUUUUUACACGUAAGUUUUAAAAUAUUGACUGAAUUAUUAGUUUAAAUAUUAGCACCAGAAGUUCGUGUAAAUAUAUGCAUCAUUAUUAUUAGUCAUUGAAUGAGAGAAAUUAAAUAAAGGUAGGAGCAACGAUCCUAUACAACUAACAAUAAAAGCGAAACAGUGAACGAAAGGAAACAGUUAGAAUGAGCGCCAUA